GCUUCUUCUUCUCUCCUUUAGCAUAAGCCUUCUCAAACCCCUCUCUCUCUCUGUCUCUCUCUCUCUUUGUGUGUGCGUUCCUCUCUGCAUCAAUGGGGUCGGAGGGGAAGAUUAAGGGGAGCGUCCUGGUGACGGGUGGGGCGGGCUUCAUCGGCAGCCAUACCGUGCUGCAGCUUCUCAAGGAGGGAUUCUUCGUCUCGAUCAUCGACAACCUCGACAACUCCCUCGAGGAGGCUGUCCACCGCGUCCGCGUCCUGGCCGGCCCCCACCUCUCCCAAAACCUCCGUUUCCAUCUGGGAGAUAUCCGGAGCAAAGACGACCUGGAGGAGGUUUUCUCUAAGUCGAGUUAUGAUGCAGUAAUUCAUUUUGCGGGGCUAAAGGCAGUCGGUGAGAGCGUUGCAAAGCCCAGUCUUUACUAUAACAACAAUUUGAUUGGCACCCUAAAUUUGUUUGAAUUUAUGGGUAAAUAUGGUUGUAAGAAGAUGGUCUUUUCCUCAUCUGCUACUGUCUAUGGGCAACCUGAAAAAAUUCCAUGUGUCGAAGACUUUAAGCUAAAGGCGAUGAAUCCAUAUGGUCGAACUAAGCUUUUUCUGGAAGACAUAGCCCAUGAUAUUCAAAAGGCUGAUCCAGAAUGGAGAAUUAUACUUCUAAGAUACUUCAAUCCCGUCGGUGCUCAUGAAAGUGGUUUAAUUGGUGAAGAUCCCAAGGGCAUUCCAAACAAUCUUAUGCCUUAUAUUCAGCAAGUUGCUGUUGGCAGGUUACCUGUGUUGAAUGUGUAUGGCUAUGAUUAUCCGACCAAGGAUGGUAGUGCGAUUCGAGAUUAUAUACAUGUCAUGGACUUGGCUGAUGGUCAUAUAGCAGCUCUUUACAAAGUAACUACAGCAGAAAACAUCGGUUGUGUUGCAUACAAUUUGGGAACUGGGCUUGGCACAUCUGUCCUUGAAAUGGUCAAUGCAUUUGAAAAAGUAGUUGACAAGAAAAUCCCCAUCAAGUUAUGCCCCAGGAGGCUCGGCGAUGCUACAGCCGUCUAUGCUUCUACAGAGAAAGCUCAGACAGAGCUAGGCUGGAAAGCGAGAUAUGGCAUAGAGGAGAUGUGCAGAGACCAAUGGAAUUGGGCAAUCAAGAAUCCUUAUGGCUACAGGCCUCGACCUUGAUGGAUCAGAUAUGAUGGACAAUCGAUGGAUUAUCUUUUGACAAGUACCCACCACCUUCUGUUUCUUGAUAACGUCAAAUGUAAAUAUUUAGCUCAGGUUAGAUUUUGGUAAGAAGACAGUUAGCAAAC